GGCUGGCACAGGGCUUGUAAAUAAACUGCGAUGCUGUCUCGGGCUCGCCGGCCCGGGUGCCGCCGUCGCCGCCGCCUCCCUGGAGCUUCGGUGCCAGGCUCCCGCCGUCGCGCGCCCUAGUGCCACCGCGCCAGCCUCGCGCGCCCUCGCCGGGCUCCGCACGGACCCCGGCUUCCCGCGCCCCUCCGGGUCCCACAGGGGACCCGCUCGGGAUGUGACCCCUUGACUCCCCAUCCGACCUCCCCUGCCCCCCGGGAGGCCCGCCUUUGCCUUCUUUUGGGGGGGUGGGCGGGGAGGGGCGCGCGGAUCAUGGCAUUGGAGUUCCCGGGCUUGCAGCCGUCGCCGCCGCCUCGUCCACGUACCCCAAGCGCUCCUUCUUCCCGGAGCAGCAGCGGAGAAGGCGAAGCGCCCGGUGGGGGCGAGGCAGAUGGGGCUCAAGGCUCGCAGGGCGGCGGGGGCGGCCGGCGGGGGCGGCGGCGAAGGGGGCGGAGGAGGCGGCGGGGCCGCUAACCCGGCUGGAGGGGACUCGGCAGUGGCCGGCGACGAGGAGCGGAAAGUGGGGCUGGCGCCAGGAGACGUGGAGCAAGUCACCUUGGCGCUAGGGACCGGAGCCGACAAAGACGGGACCCUGCUGCUGGAGGGCGGUGGCCGCGAAGAGGGGCAGAGGAGGACCCCGCAGGGCAUCGGGCUCCUGGCAAAGACCCCUCUGAGCCGUCCAGUCAAGAGGAACAAUGCCAAGUACAGGCGCAUCCAAACUUUGAUCUAUGACGCCCUGGAGAGACCGAGGGGCUGGGCGCUGCUCUACCACGCGCUUGUGUUCCUGAUUGUCCUGGGAUGCUUGAUUCUGGCCGUGCUCACCACUUUCAAGGAGUAUGAGACUGUGUCUGGAGACUGGCUUUUGCUGCUGGAAACAUUUGCUAUUUUCAUCUUUGGAGCUGAGUUUGCUUUGAGGAUCUGGGCUGCAGGAUGUUGCUGUCGAUACAAAGGCUGGCGUGGACGGCUGAAGUUUGCCAGGAAGCCCCUGUGCAUGUUGGAUAUCUUCGUGCUGAUUGCUUCUGUGCCAGUGGUUGCCGUGGGAAACCAGGGCAAUGUCCUGGCUACCUCUCUGCGAAGCCUCCGCUUCCUGCAGAUCCUGCGCAUGCUUCGAAUGGAUAGGAGGGGUGGCACCUGGAAGCUCCUGGGCUCAGCUAUCUGUGCCCACAGCAAAGAACUCAUCACCGCCUGGUACAUCGGCUUCCUGACACUCAUCCUUUCCUCAUUUCUUGUCUACCUGGUGGAGAAGGAUGUACCAGAGAUGGAUGCCCAAGGAGAGGAAAUGAAAGAGGAGUUUGAGACCUAUGCUGAUGCUUUGUGGUGGGGCCUGAUCACACUGGCCACCAUUGGUUAUGGAGACAAGACCCCUAAAACCUGGGAAGGACGUCUGAUUGCUGCCACCUUUUCUUUAAUCGGCGUCUCCUUUUUUGCUCUUCCGGCAGGCAUCCUUGGCUCAGGACUGGCAUUGAAGGUUCAGGAACAGCACCGUCAGAAGCACUUUGAGAAGAGAAGGAAGCCAGCUGCUGAACUCAUCCAGGCUGCCUGGAGAUAUUAUGCUACCAACCCCAACAGGCUUGACCUGGUGGCAACCUGGAGAUUUUAUGAAUCAGUUGUCUCCUUCCCAUUCUUCAGGAAAGAACAACUGGAAGCAGCAGCCAGCCAAAAGCUGGGUCUCUUGGAUCGGGUUCGCCUUUCUAAUCCUCGUGGUAGCAAUACUAAAGGAAAGCUAUUUACCCCUCUGAAUGUAGAUGCCAUAGAAGAAAGCCCUUCCAAAGAGCCAAAGCCCGUUGGCUUAAACAAUAAAGAGCGUUUCCGCACCGCCUUCCGCAUGAAAGCCUACGCUUUCUGGCAGAGUUCUGAAGAGGCCGGGACAGGAGACCCCAUGACAGAAGACAGGGGCUAUGGAAAUGACUUCCUCAUUGAAGACAUGAUCCCCACCCUAAAGGCUGCCAUCCGAGCUGUCAGAAUUCUACAAUUCCGUCUGUAUAAAAAAAAAUUCAAGGAGACAUUGAGGCCUUAUGAUGUAAAAGAUGUAAUUGAGCAGUAUUCCGCUGGACAUCUUGACAUGCUUUCCAGAAUAAAGUACCUUCAGACAAGAAUAGAUAUGAUUUUCACCCCUGGACCUCCAUCCACUCCAAAACAUAAGAAGUCUCAGAAAGGGUCAGCAUUUACCUACCCAUCCCAGCAGUCUCCAAGGAAUGAACCAUAUGUAGCCAGGGCAGCCACAUCAGAAACUGAAGACCAAAGCAUGAUGGGGAAGUUUGUAAAAGUUGAAAGACAGGUUCACGACAUGGGGAAGAAACUGGACUUCCUCGUGGACAUGCACAUGCAGCAUAUGGAGCGUCUGCAGGUGCACGUCACCGAGUACUACCCAACUAAGGGGGCCUCCUCCCCAGCAGAAGGGGAGAAGAAAGAGGACAACAGGUAUUCUGACUUGAAAACCAUCAUCUGUAACUACUCAGAAUCAGGCCCCCCCGACCCACCCUACAGCUUCCACCAGGUGCCCAUCGACAGAGUUGGCCCCUAUGGGUUUUUUGCACAUGACCCCGUGAAACUGACCCGAGGGGGACCCAGUUCUACAAAGGCUCAGGCCAACCUUCCCUCCUCGGGAAGUACAUAUGCAGAGAGGCCCACAGUCCUGCCCAUCUUGACUCUUCUGGACUCAUGUGUGAGCUACCACUCCCAGACAGAACUGCAAGGCCCCUAUUCGGACCACAUCUCACCCCGCCAGAGACGCAGCAUCACUAGGGACAGUGACACACCACUGUCCCUCAUGUCCGUCAACCACGAGGAACUGGAACGGUCUCCGAGUGGCUUCAGCAUCUCCCAAGACAGAGAUGAUUAUGUAUUUGGCCCCAGUGGGGGUUCGAGCUGGAUGAGGGAAAAGCGGUACCUGGCUGAAGGAGAAACGGACACAGAUACAGACCCCUUCACGCCCAGUGGAUCCAUGCCUAUGUCAUCUACUGGAGAUGGUAUUUCAGAUUCCAUAUGGACCCCUUCCAACAAGCCCACUUAGAAGGGGUCACUGGCUGACUCCUGGUACUGUAGACAGACUUUGUACAGCUCACUUACUCUCACACCUAGCGCUUAACAAUGAGGACUCCAGUGGCUGUGUCAAGCGCAUGCAUGUGCGCGGUGGCCCCCCUGCAAGCAGGGGCUUCUCACAGCCUUCUUCCUCCCCAUGUCACUGCAACAAAGUCGCUUCCUUUUCAGCAUGGUUUGCAUGACUUGACACUAUAUAAAAUGCACUGUUAGUCUCUUCUAGAUACACAUUUAUCUGCUCUUCCUUUUAAUCAUGAUUGAACAAGUACAGGGAGACUUACUGAUGAGCUGUGCUAUUUUGUUUGGUUGGCUGGUUUGGGUUUUGAUUCGGAUAAACUGAGAGCAUAGUUUCAGUUAUUUCUAAGCUCACUUCCCCUUUAUGUAAAAUGCUCCAGUUAAUUUACUGUUUUCUAAAACAAGGAAAUAAUUUUCUCAAUCAAAACAUACUGCAUUACAAUGAGGGUAGCCUCUGAGCAAACAGAAGAACAGGAACAAGAUAGUCAUUCAAACCCCAAAGCCAAGAUUUCAAAAAAUUAUCUCACUAAAGGAAGGCUGGCAAAAUUAUUCAAAAGCUCCCAAGGGGAUUUGGCCUACCCCAUUGUUCACUGUGCCUCAGUUUCCUUAUCUAUAAGAUGUUGGUGAUCCAAAAUAUAACAUCACACGUGUUAUGGACUGGUGAAGAGAAAUCUUACACACAUACCACAAACAUAAAAAAAGUUCCCAAUUUAUGUAGCCAAAGAUGAUAAAAUUUACCAGAAGUGGGGUGACCUUCUAAGCAGGAGCUAAAUUUGGUAUCUUAAAAUGAAAUUCCAACUCAUUCUUCUGUCUUGCCUGUUCUUGAAUCCAAAAUGGAGAUUAGAACCAAGAGCAAUUAUCAUUCCAUGUCCUCUAUUUCAAAGUGAGAAGUUUGGGGCACAAGGCAAAUGACAUGCCUUGAGACACUUGGCUGUCCUGUGGAGAAUAAGGACUCAAAACCUCUACAUGAGGACUCACUCCUUGCCCCAGUCUUCCCUCAUACUAUCCCAGUUACAUACUGGGAUCCAGGAAUUCUGCCAAGACACCAGCACUCUUUAUCCAUAGGAUGUAAUCCCCAGUCUUUACUCAAAGGGAGAAAGAUGUCUGCUUUGACUGCAAAGCAUGCUUACUUGAUGCAUUACAAGUGGGAUCCAGGAUGAGGGAUGCAAAUUAGUCAUAAAUAUACAAAUAGGAAGAAUUCCCAGAAUCACCCAUUUUACUCCUCCUGAUUUUCUUAAUGAAAAUACUAGAGCCACACAAAACUGUAAGAGCUCCUGAGAUGACAACUAACAGCCUGGAAAUCCCUGCCCUGCUACAGAAGGAUUGAUGUUAAGCACAAGCCACCACGUGGCCUAUUGGAAGAUAUUGCUGCUUGCUGAAAACCUCCAAUGGAAAAGGUUAGACUCUGGCUACUCUUUGUGGAACACCACACCAGAGUAUUAGUAUCUUAGUCAUUUCAUGCCUCUAAACACUGGUUUUAAAUGGUUGCCAUGGUGAUCAUCAUGAUGAUGGAAAUACCCUAAAUAAGUGUUUGAAUACAACUCUCACCAGUGCUGUUUCUGUGUUGUCAAGAGCCAUAAAUAUCACGGCAGACUC